ACUCACGUAGCCCUGGUUUAUGAGGGAAAAUGUAUCGUCUCGGCCCACAGUCUAUCUCCAAGAUCGCUUUCGAUUUCUUUUUAUCCACUGUGCCAAGGGAAUAUUUUCAUUUUACCAGACAAUACAAUAAAGGCUGGUUGUGUAUUGGCUGAUUUUUGGUUAAAAUUUUCUAGUUGUCUGCACGAAAAUGCCGAGGAACAAGAAAAAGAAUAGGGGGGGCCAGCAUGGGGCUGUGCAGCCUUUUAGUGAUGAGGAUGCCUCCAUUGAGACCCUCAGUCAUUGCAGCAGCUUCAGUGACACCACCAGUGUAGCAGAUGAAGGUGGUGAGACCAAUGAGGAUUCAGCCCAGGAGGAUUUCCAGUAUAAACUGAAGGGGUUCAUAGAUAGCACAGUAGAUAAGAGUGCUAAGACGAGACAGGGGGCACUAGAUGGGCUUAAGACGGCAAUGGCUACACGCAUCCUGUAUGAGUUCAUCUCAGAGAGAAGGAUGACCAUCACAGACAGUAUUGAACGCUGCCUCAAGAAAGGCAAAGGUGAGGAGCAGCGAGCAGCAGCUUCUUUAGCCUGUUUGCUGUGCAUCCAGCUGGGCUCAGGAAUUGAGAGCGAGGAGGUGUUCAAGACGCUGAAACCGAUCUUCAAAAACAUCCUGGCAGAUGGAUCAGCCAACAUACAAGCCAGACAGGCUGUAGCAACAAGUCUGGGCCUCUGCACAUUAGUUGCUGAGGAUGACAUAUUGGAUGUGCAAGCGACCAUGGAGUGUUUUGAGAAUCUGUUCACCCGGUCCUAUGCAAAGGCGGAUGGCACUUGUCCUUCGAUCAGUCCUCAAAUGAGCCAGCUCCACACAAAUUCUCUGCGGUCCUGGGCACUGCUGCUCACAAUCUGCAGUUCCAGCCAGCUCAAAGACAUCCUGCAGAAACACCUUCUUAAACUGCAGAGGUUGCUCGAGAGUGAUGACGUGAACAUGAGGAUUGCAGCUGGGGAGACUAUUGCUCUGCUUUUUGAGCUGGCCAGGGACAUCGAUUCUGAUUUUGAAUUUGAUGGCUGGGAUGAACUUUGUGAUAAACUGAACGCGUUGGCCACAGACUGCAACAAGCACAGAGCCAAGACUGACAAGAGGAAGCAGCGCUCGGUGUUUAGGGAUGUUCUCAAAGCUGUUGAGGAGGGGGCCUUCCAAUCUGAGACCAUUCGCUUUGGCACAGAGCGAAUGAACAUUGACAGCUGGGUCAGAAAGAGGACAUACGAUGCCUUCAGAGAAUUCGUGGGCUCUGGAAUGAACUACCACCUACAGGCAAAUGAAUUCAUCAGAGACGUGUUUGAACUGGGACCACCUAUGCUGGUUGAUUCAGCCACCAUGAAGGCCAUGAAAAUCUCUCGCUUUGAAAGGCAUCUUCACAACUCUGCUGCAUUCAAGGCUCGGACCAAGGCCAGAAGCAAGUUCAGAGACAAGAGGGUGGACGUGGGAGAGUUUUAAUAAUUUCUUUUGACUCUAAUAAGCUAUUUAUCAAGCUUUCCUGCUUUUAGAUGAAUUGUCACAAGCCUAAGUUAAUGCAGUUGUCCCAAGAUCUCUUUGUGUAUCAAAUGCUCACUUUCUGUAGGCUUAUAUCUUUUUAAUAACAGCUGUUGCUUUUUAUUGGGGGAAAAACAUCUUUCUGUCACCUACAGCAAGUGAGUAUUUGAUAAUUAAACAGAUUCUAGGUGGACUACAACUUGAAUACAGUUUGUUCACAGAAAGGUGGUGUACAUUUGUUGGGUAUCAUGCACAUUUCCUUAUUUUAUUAUUAUUUUUUUUUCCUUGUUAAAUGAAAUACACAGGUAUUAACAUUUUUGAUGGAUCUGUCUCUCGUACCAUUAAGUAGUAACAUCAAGACAUGUGACCGUCCCUAACUCUUGGAUUUGUAAUAAGUUUAUCUAAUUAAUUCACACUUAGCGUUAUUUAUGUGUAAGCUAAAAUAGUGUAUUUAGUGUUGUGUAUGUAAUGUAAAGGUUGAGGAUGGUGCAAUAAAUGCUGAAAAGCUGCAA